AUGAGGGCGUUUUUUGUGUUAUUACUAUGUGGCAUGUCCAGCUGCAACGACAACUGGGUAUGGAAACCAGACUACUAUGGCAGUAUGAACUGGUACGAUGAGAAGCACACGCACGUCAUCAUCAGCCUGGUGGUAGACAUCAUUAAAGACACCGACGAACGCAUCCGAUCAAUCGAAACCCUUCGGCUAGACAAUUUCCGAACUGCUAGCUUCGAGAUUGGUUUCCUAAACUACGUCAUCAUGGAAGAGUACCGAAAAAUGCUGGAAUGCUACAACACUAGCGUGAUUAUGGACUGGGAGUUGUACGGAUUUGAGACCAUGAUGUACAUGGUGGAAGUAGAGGCCCAUUAUUGGCAGAUAGAUCAUCUUCAAAGUAUGCAGCAUGAGAUUGAAAGGAAAUACAACAUUCAUUCAAAAAUCGAGGACGCGCCGGGUGAGGCAGAGAUUCGGCCGACGACCAUAGACCCCAACUUCAAAACGAAGAAAACGAAGCGCACUAGGGACAGGCUGGGAGAGCAGAUCGCUGUGUUUGUGGACAAGAUGCACACCACGAAGAAAAGGAGCACCAGGUGGUGGUGGCCCAUCGAGUACGGAUGGGAGGUGGAGUAUUAUUGGUAG